UACAGGAGGGCUCAGUCGGGAAAUCUAGCACUGAAAACUCCCGGUUUCAGCGAACUGGCUUUUCAGAAUUGCAGAUGAAAGUCGUGGGUCCAGGCCAGAGGCGCGCAGAAAACGUUGAGAGUGAAGGGGGAAUGAUCCGUAGGGUUUCGUGGAAGACUCUCGACGAGUGUGUGUGGCACGUCAUAUUUUUCUAAGUCGUCUGGUUUUGCCGUUAGUCCCUUGUAGACGAGCGUGCCCUUAACUAUGGCUUCAUGAUUGUGCUGGCAGUACAAAGCUACAUUAUUGUCCCAGAUGCAGUAGGGGACAGAGCUAAAGAACAUGAAGACCCAUAGGGCGAUCAGCAUUUUAGCACUCUUUGCCAUCUCAGCUGCAGUGAAGCCAUGGACACUAGAUCUGAGAUGCCGUAUACUCAUCACCGGUGCCGAGACCAACUGCUCAUCCCUGAAGUAUUACUACAAUACUAGAAAACGCAGUUGCGAAUCUACAUGUUUCGAAGGGGCUCCCUUUAGGUUGGCAUCAACAUGCAAGAAAAGCUGCAGAAGCAGGAAACAGCCACCUGUCCAGUCAUCUGUGCCUGGUAACAGCGGUCAUAUAGGCUCCCCGAACACAUUACAGCAGGAACCGUCGAAAUCGCCAGCUGUGCAAGCACCCCUCGUCACAAAGCCAAGCUGGAGUGCCGUGAAGAUAGCAGUGCCUCUGAAUCAUAGAUGGCCAGAACAUACAAAUAUGGAAGUAAUGCCAGAAAAUUAUCAACUUGGUGCUGAAGAAGAAUGGCCACCAAGCCAAAGGAAUGACGGAAUGGCUCUAUCCCGUCCGCACAGCGCCACACCGCACUGGUUGGAUACUGAAGCACGUUCACAGAGUCUACAUCUUGUUCCAUCGGAACAGUAUAACACCGCGAUAAAUACAGUAAAUCAGCAACACUGGUCGUCCAGCAGCCCAAAUAUUGCACUAGUACGGCCAUUUCCUCAGCGAAAGCCGCCGUUGAUUCCGGAGAGUUGGACUGCUGAAUCGCUGCCCCGCACGAACCAACACGUCUCUUAUAAUGCGCAUAUUGGAAACAAUAGACAUAUUCACCAGAAUCUGGAGCGGAUGCCGUGGAAGUCCCAUGGUCUUGAUAACGAUAUCAUGCCGGAAUUUCCACUUCGUUUGAACAACAAAAUAGUGCCCCGUGAGCAAAGCUGGCGGCGAAACUCGCAGCCGAACGAAGAGGUUGGAAGACUUAACCGACUGCAGGUAAAUGAACAGACAUGGGCACUAGGUGACACAAAUAACGGCAUGGUGCACUCGCCUGUUGAACAAACAAUGCCCGUGCAGUUGAAUGAUGACGCAGAAGAUUCUUUUCCAGAAGAGAUUCCUGUUUCGGAUUUCGCGAUUAGCUCGCCUGUUGGUGUUCAGGUGAUACCCCAGUUAUUGCAACGAGAUCAACGGGAUUUCCAGACAAGCCGAAAGCUAUGAUGGUGCGCGCCUUGAGAUGGGGGUGUCAGAAAACCCAAAAGAUGAGACGCGUUUUGCAGCUGCAAUGCAGGCAAGGGUCCCCCGUGGUUUGGAGGAUCAGAUUAAAUGAUUCCAAAACCAGCCACAUUGACACAAAGCAAUGGGUUAUGGGAAGGAACAAGCCAUGCGGGACAAUUGAAAACAUGAAACUUUGAUCACUGAGUGUCGCAGUUCUUGCAGAAAAUCAAAUGCCUCAGUGCAGUGCAUCAAGGAACUAGUGUCGCCAAAUCUACCGCAAGGCAUGCCCCACCAACAUAAUAAAGGAUUACCUAAAGGCACUCCAGCAUUCGAAAUCAUUCGGUACUCUAAUUGUGCACGCGAUUUCAAACUAUAACUAAGGCAGACGAGAACUGAAUACCUGUUGUGUAUUGAUACAUACAUACUGUGGGCGGCCGCACACUAAUGUGCAGCUGCGCACUAAGCGCAUUCAGUAAAGAUUAAUGUGUACUAAUGGGCAUUCAGAAGGCAGUACUGCGCGUUGAAUAAACAGGUGACAACCUUGCGCAAUACGAGAAGCCAAAGUCUGCUUCACUUGGUAAUUCACAGCGUCAAUUAACUAUAGAUUGCUUCACAGAAGCCUAACUCAGGACAUUUCGUCU